UUAGAAAAUGAUAAUAAAUUAGCAAAGGCUCUUCGAUUCUAUCUCCUCGUAGAUUCAGGCAAUCCGAUUUCACCGCCAUGGGAGGAGGAGAAUUCGUUAGGGCAGCGGCGAAGAUGGCCGGAGCUGGAGCCGUUAACGCUGGUGUCCGAGGACCAUCGGCGGUGCCUCCGUUUGGGAAAUUGCUUCGCAGCGCGUCGAGACCGUCAUCGGUUUUCGUCGGAUCGUCUUCUCCAGUGCCACCUGCGAAGGCCACCGCCGGUGCCGAUGUGGACGUUGUGCAGAAACCGACGUGGGAGAUCGAUGACUGGGAAUUCGCUAACUUCGAGGACGAUUUGGCCAUGGACGCUACUGGACUUAAACCGAGGAUUGUAUUUGGAGCGGUUCCCAGUUUCGAAGAGGCGAAGGAAGCUACGACAGAGGUGAAGGAGGCCAUGGAUAAGGUAUACUUGUCGUCUUCACCAGAUUCUGGUGGAUCGAAUCUGAUUGUACCUUCAAACAGUAAACUAGAAUGCGAGUCUUGUUUAUCUAAUGAGACAAGUUUACAGUCGCAGACUUCGGUGCCUCAGCAUGCAAUUCAAGCAUUUAGGCUGCUCAAGGAAAGUGCUGAAGCUCAGACUGUUGUUGCUUCAAUUGCAUCUGACCCAAAUGUUUGGAAUGCAAUGUUGGGCAAUGAAGCGCUUAAGAGCUUUUUGCAAUCAUAUCAGACCAACAAGGUACACGAGUAUCGUGAAUGUGAGGAGCUUGAAGAGGCACCAGUUGGAUACGCUGCGCAGUCGCAAAAUGAGUCAAGAAAUGUCUUUCAAGGGACAUUAGAAUAUAUUAAAACUUCGAUCGAUGACAUGCUGACUAAGGCAUCAAGUUUACUUCAGAAAAUAUUUGGAUCCUCACCAGCUGAAGUUUCUGGAAAUGACAAAGCAACCUCUGAAUACACUACAGAGAUGGCCAUAGGAUCAUCAAUUAUGGGACUGGUUGUCCUCGUCAUUGCUGUGCUGGUUUUGAAGCGAAAUUAGAUGUCGAAACUAUGGUGCUUUCUUGAAUAAAUUUGUCGACUUUUCGGUCUUUGAAUCUCUUAUUCUGUUCUGGUGAUCUGAGACAUACUACUGGGUCUUUUUGAAGCAUACAUGAUGGAAGGAAUAGUUGUAAUUAUUAGUUACUGCACUUUUGUUUUUGGUUAUUGCCGACUUUUAUACAUGUGCCGGGAGUUUUAUUGUAUGUAAUGUCUAUAUAUAACACAUAAUUAGUAGGUUGACUGUUUGAUAUAA